UUCAAAAUUCAACUCGCCGCUAAUUCCACCAUUUUAAUAUAGGUGUUAAAACGUGCAACAAGAAGACAAAGAAAGUAGUUUUAUUAACAAGUGUUUUUGACAACAACUUAAACAAAUUUGUGUUGUCCAUCUCGAAAUUAGCAGUGGGCUAAUGUAUUUUUGAAGUAACUGAAAAGGCAAUUAUAUAUAUGAAGACUUUAAGGUUAUAGAACUCUUCAUAGACAUUACAGUUUUAUAAGAAACUUGAAAUACUUCAGCAUGGCACCAAAACCAAAUGGUUUUCUUAUGUUUAUGAAACAUUAUAAAAAAAGGGAAGAAAAGAGGGGACGUCAUUUUGAAGGUGGAAUAAGAGGCGUUCAAGAAGAUCCCCAAUGUAGUAGAGAGUGGCAGCAAUUAUCGAAAGCAGAAAAGGAUAAAUUUACACAAAUGGCGAAACAAUCGAAACAAGAUUCGAAGAAAAAAACCGGAACUGGCGAAUAUAUGGACGAUGUUCAAAGAGCAAAAAAGAAGGAAUUGGAUUUUGAAAGUGAAAUGAAUAAUGAAAUUGAGAAUACCGUUGCAAAUGGAAUGGAAAUGCAAGAUCUUAAUGUUAAGAAAUUUUUCUUUAUCCAUUCAAAUUGGUUUUAUACGAGAACAUUAGAAAGUGGUGAAUUUGAUUAUUUUCCUGCGGAAUUUGCUCUCGCUGAAUUCUCAUUGGAAUCUGGAGUGACAAAUAUAUAUCAUGAAUUAAUAAGAACUGAAAUCAUUUGCGGUUACACGAGAGAAGCAAUGGAAACAAGUCAAGAAACCCAUCAAAUACCAUGGGAUUUACCAAGUGCUGAGGAUCGUUUUGAUGUAAUGUGUGAUAAAAUGUUAAAGUUUCUUCGACCAUAUAAAGUAAAUGGAAAAUUUCCUCCUCUUUAUACAUCGAGAAAAAUGAAAGGACCUGUAAGAUCUCUAUUAAACAAAUUAACAGAGAGCAAAGGUCUUGCUGAGGAUACUCUUUUUAUUUAUGAUUUGGAGAUAUUAUUUUCUCAUCUUCGUAAUGCAGCUAAUAAACAAUAUGAUUUUAAAAUUGUCAUGGCUGAAUAUGAAUUGAUAAAAGAUACAUUUUCCUUUUUUUCUGGACUUGAUUGUAAAUAUCAUAAAAGUUUGGAUGGGACAAGUCAAUUUUGCAGUAUGUCAACAGUGAAAAGAUGGGCAUUUACAAUUUGUGAUUGUUGUUGUGAACAGUUGAAUAUAGAAAUGAAGGAAGGCAUUCAUUAUCCCAAAAAAGUGAUUGUUGACGCUGAGGAAAUUGCCGCAUCAUUGGAAUCACAAUUCAAUCAAUUGGCUAUCGAUAAUAUUAGCAUUAAAUCCAUGACUGGGGUGAGUAACAUGCAUAGAAAGAAAGUUUCAGAACGCACUGAAAGGGAAGAACAAAAAAGACGAAAUGAUAAGAAAACUAUAACUGUUAUUAAUUAUGCUGAAAACAAUUCAAAAACAAAAAAUCCUACUUCUUUUUCUGCUGCUGCUACUGCUUCCAAUUCAAUGCCUGAGGAAUAUCAACGACCUCUACGUCCACCAAAUACAAUUGCAGCGAUUAUUGGAGAUAGAAAUGGACCUUCAUUUAACGCUGAUGAUUUUCCAAGUUUGGGUGUUGCUGCUGGAAGAGGAAGAGGUCGUAGUACGAGGGAAAAUAAACCAACUGCUGGACGUGGUCGUGGUAUCGCUUUGUCAUAAAAGACAAACUCAAUUUUCACUACUUUUUUGUUAUUUUAAAAAUUAACAUACGAUCGAUAUAUAAUUUAAAAAAAAAAAAAUGUUUGCAGAAAAAUUUAGAAAUAUCUUUCAUUUUUUCAUAUGAAUGAGUUUUGCAAUUUAAAAAAUAGAAGGAUUUAUGUUACAAAUAACAUAUUUUACUGUACCGAAUUAUUCUCUGUAUAAAAAUAAAUAGAUAAAAGAAAAAAGAA